AUGUCGAACGGGACUAAUGGCGUCCAAAACGGCCUGGCUAGGUUGCAGAUUCACGGUGACAGCAAUGGCACCAGCAACGGUGUAAACGGCAAGCUGUCCCCGUCCUUGUCGCCCGACAGCCCCAGAAGGAAGCUCGAUCGCAAGAUGUCGAGUCCCAUGAUGCCUGCUUUUAUGGUGUCUGCGCCGGGUAAGGUCAUUGUGUUUGGAGAACAUGCCGUGGUGCAUGGUAAGGCCGCCAUUGCCGCGUCCAUCUCGCUUCGGUCCUAUCUCCUCGUCACCGCACUCUCCAAAUCCAGGCGAACGGUAACGCUGCGAUUCCCCGAUAUCGACCUCGAUCAUACCUGGAAUAUCGACGAUCUGCCGUGGGGUAUCUUCCAUCACCCGUCCAAGAAGAAGUACUACUACGACUUGGUAACAACUCUCGAUCCAGAUCUCCUCGCAGCUAUACAACCACAUCUCAAGGAUGUCUCGCUAGGAAAGGGGGACGUCGAGCGAAAGGUGCACCAAAACGCGGCGACUUCUUUCCUCUACCUGUUCCUCUCGUUGGGUUCGCCGAAAUUCCCGGGCUGCCAAUAUACCCUCCGAUCAACGAUACCAAUUGGUGCUGGUCUUGGCAGUAGUGGCUCAAUUGCAGUAUGCCAGGCUGCCGCCCUGUUGUUGCAACUGCGGACGCUCUCUGGCCCGCAUCCUGAUCAACCCCCAGAAGAGGCGCGCUUGCAGGUGGAGAGGAUAAACCGUUGGGCUUUCGUGGCGGAGAUGUGCAUCCACGGAAACCCGUCAGGUGUCGACAAUACCGUCUCAACCCAGGGCAAGGCAGUGGUAUUCCAAAGAACAGAUUACCAGAAACCACCGGUAGUAAGACCACUCUGGGACUUCCCCGAGUUGCCCCUGUUGUUGGUCGAUACCAGGCAAGCCAAGUCCACGGCCGCUGAGGUGGCCAAGGUGGCGAAGCUGAAGGAAACCCAUCCGAAACUGGUGGGCACAAUCCUCGAUGCGAUAGAUGGGGUGACGAGGAGCGCAAGCGAGUUGAUAGACGAAGAGGAUUUCAACAGCGAGGAAGUCGAAAGCUUAAGGCGCGUGGGCGAGCUCAUGACGAUUAACCACGGGCUCUUGGUGUCUCUGGGAGUGUCACACCCGCGCCUAGAACGCGUACGGGAGCUGCUCGAUCAUGAAGGUAUUGGGUGGACGAAACUGACCGGGGCAGGAGGCGGUGGCUGUUCAAUAACAUUGAUGAAGCCUGGUGUUUCUAGGGAAAAGCUGGGCAGACUCGAGGAGCAACUUGAGGAGGAGAAUUACCAAAAGUUCGAAACGACUCUGGGUGGGGAUGGCGUUGGAGUCCUUUGGCCUGCAGUGUUGAAGAACGGGCUUGAUGAGGAUGAAGAGGGAGGAAUGGAAAUCGACCUGGAGAACUUCCUCGAGGCUCCCGGGACCGAAGGUGUGGAGAAGCUGGUCGGAGUUCACGGUGGCGGUGCCGAGAGGGAGGGUUGGAAGUUCUGGAGACUUGAAAACCACUAA